AUGCACCAGCUGAAACACAUAUUGCAGCAGCUGAUACAGACACCACAAGCCAAGCUGCGGGAUCUCGACUUAAUCAGCCCUGAGGACUGGGCGACACUAAGGGACUGGAACGCAGAGCUGCCCCGGGUGAGCCAGACCACUCUGCACGAACUGGCGUUUUAUCAUCGGGACUCCCGACCAGCUAUCAUCGCGUGGGACGGCGAGAUGACCUACCACCAGCUGAACCAAGCAUCCCUGGACGUUGCCCAGCACCUCAUGCGUUCAGGGAUUCGGCAUGGGAUGUUCAUCCCCUUCUGCAUGGAGAAGUCCCAAUGGGCCGUGGUCACCAUACUGACCAUCUUCCGUCUCGGGGCUGUGUGUGUGCCCAUCGAUCCCAACAUCCCGGCUGGUCGAGCUCGCGAGAUGAUCGAAGACAUGGGAGCUCAAUUCCUAGUAGUCUCGGCGGUUCAGCGUCCGAGGACGGAGGAACUAGGCAUACCGAUACUCGUAGUCCCCGAAGUCGCCGUUCCAACUGACCUCGUGGCCCCGCUUUCCCUCCCAGCCGUGCAUCCGGAGGACCUGGCUCUGGUCCUCUUUACCUCGGGGACGACAGGUCGGCCGAAGGGUAUGCGGAUCGAGCACUGCAACAUUGCGACAUCCUUGUUGGCCAUUGUGGACACAUUGAACGUCAAUUCCACCACGUGGGCGCUGCAUUUUGCCUCAUACAGCUUCGACCUGGCAAUCUACGAGAUCAUCUGCACCCUCUACCGCGGGGGCUGCCUCUGUAUUCCGUCCGAGUCCAAACGACUCAACGACCUCGCGGGUUUCAUGCGAGAGCAGCAGGUAACCUGGGCCGCAUUUACGCCGUCCUUAUUUUCUCUUACUCGCCCGGAUGACCUGCCCAUGCUACAGACGGUGGCUUUGGGCGGCGAGGCCAUUUCCCCCAGCAUAGUGCAGACUUGGGCGCCGCAUGUGCAAUUAGUCAACAUGUACGGUCCGACGGAGACUUCAAUCUGCAGCGUCGGGCGCAUACCCCAGGACCGUUGGCGCGUUGGCACAAUCGGCCCCAUGACGGGAGGAAGAGGAUGGAUCACCGCGGCGACAGACCCGGAACAGCUGGUCCCAUUGGGCGCUAUUGGGGAACUACUCGUUGAGGGACCCAUCGUUGUCGGGGGGUAUCUCAACCGUCCGGCCUCGCUCACAGCAGAGGCCUUUAUCAAUCCCCCCUCCUGGCUCCGUCGCUUCCGUUCGUCUUGCGAUCCCGCCGGGAUCCCGGGACGACUCUAUCGCACGGGUGAUCUGGUACGAUACACGGGCCAGGGAUGGAUUCAGUUCGUCGGCCGACGAGACACGCAGGUCAAGGUCCGUGGACAGCGCCUGGAGCUGGGGGAAGUAGAGCAUCGCGUCCGGGAGGUGUUCUCUAGCGCUCCCGACGUAGUGGUCGAGUUGGUGCCCCCCUCUGCAGGUCGUUCGUCGCCGAUUCUCGUGGCGUUCAUACCCGUCCAACAGGACGAUGUGCCAUUGCAUAACGCUCCGGCCAUGCUCUGCGAGAUCAGCAACGCCUUCCAAUCGCAGAUUCAGGAGGCGUCCGCUGCGUUGCGGGAUCUUCUACCGACAUACAUGAUCCCCUCCCUGUUCGUGCCCGUCACGCACCUUCCCAGGACUAUCACGGCGAAGACCGACCGGGCUCAGCUACGGCGGUUGGUGGUAGAUCUCCGUUGGCGCGAGCUGGAGGUAUUUUUUCCGGACAGAUCGUCGUCCUUGUCCAACGGGGAGGGUGCAUCCUCAUGCGAUGCACAGAGUCAGGAACUGCAAAUCCUGGUGACGGUGGUGGCAAAUGUGCUGGCCUGUGACAUAGCGGACAUCCGCACCAACGAGAGCUUCCUCUCGCUUGGGGGUGACUCGCUGUCCGCCAUGAAAUUAGUAGGGCUGGCACGGGCGGCCGGACUGACGCUGUCGGUCUUGAACAUCCUUCGAUCUCCAUCCCUGCAGGAGCUAGCCAAACCUGCGGCGGCGCUGUGGUACGGCUGUCGCCUCAGACGCAAACGGUUGAGGAAAUUGAGGAUGUUCUCCCAGCAACUCCGCGACAGGAGUAUCUGUCGGAUUUCUCGUGCGAGUAUCUACUGCUCCGGCUUCAAGGACCCACGGACCAUGCCCGGCUGCAGCAAGCGUGUAAACGCCUGGUGCACUACCAUCCCAUCCUACGGACUGUUUUCAUCCGAUCCUGGGAUCAAAUGCACCAGGUAG